CAUAUGACAUGACAUCAGACAUGACAACAUAAAAAACAAUCAUUUAUUUUGGUUGCGAAGUUUUAGAAAACUUUAGAGCUCCAUAUUGGAAAAUCACUUAAUCUUCAUGGAGCAUGAUAAUUAAUUGUUCUUAUAUCGUAUUUUUGCCUUCUGCUCACUGCAAACCUACUUGCUAAAUUACCCAAUAACAGCAUACCCAUCCAAGAGACUCGAGUUGAAUUAUUUAUUAGAGCGACAGCAAAGUCCUUGCUGUUCAUAUUUGGGCUGUGUGCUCCGCUUUUAUUGUUACCUGGGAGCACCCAGUAGAAACAAAAGCCAACUCUAUGUUGUCUAUAAUGUUAUCGAGGUUUCACCACUAUCACGGCUCUAAUAUUGUUUUAUUCGAGGAUAACACAGUGGCUUAUCGAAAGACUAGUUUUGCUCAUGGUUUAACAUUUAGUGAAAGACCAUUGUUACCAGGGGAAAUAUUCUUGGUGGAAAUUGAAAAAACUGAACGAGGAUGGAGUGGUCAUAUGCGUCUUGGCCUAACUUUACUUGAUCCCCAAAGUACUGCAAUGGGUGAGAAAGGUUUGCCUCAAUAUGCUUUACCAGAUCUUGCAAAUACAGGUAUGUCGUGGAUAUUCCCUAUAUCUAAGUCACAGAAUAAUGUCCUUAUUGAAUUGAUUAACCAAGGAACAAGUGGGCGUCGAGAUAAUGAACCUAGGGUAUCCAUUUUGGGUGAUUCACAUAAUGUACAUACACCUCGUGGAUAUGUGUCAAAACACACUCUUCGUCCUCAAACAGUAUCAAAUAAUGGCACCCCACAAGGCAUCUUGCCCAUGGAUGCUGGAAGCCGUAUAGGAGUUAUGUAUGUGCCUUGUCCUAAAAAAAGUAAAGAUGACCCUGAUUUAGCUGAGAUGCACUUUAUAAUAAAUGGAGAAGAACAAGGUCCAUGCACAAAAGCAAUCCCAUACACAAGAGGUCCUUUACAUGCUAUUGUAGAUGUGUAUGGCACUACCAAGCAAGUUCGGAUUAUUCAGCUAUAUGGAGUUAAAACUUUACAAAAUGUAUGCAGAGAUGCAAUACUGCAAUUCAUCCGAGGAAACUCAGUGAAAUCAUUGCCCCUCCCACAGUGCUUAAAAGAUUUUUUGCUCUCAUAAAAGUUUUAUACAAUGUAAAUAGGCUCUAAAUAAUUUGCUUUGAAUUGUAACAUUCCUGGCUUGAGCCAAUAUAUUAUUAUUUGAUUGUAAUUUUAAAGGUGUUUAAGUAUUAUUGAGAAGAAUUGAAGUUGGUUGUGGUACCUCUUCAGCAUUUCUUAUGGUACAUUUUAUAAUGAGAACAUUUGUGACGCAGAAAAUGACAGGAAUCGCCAACAUUAUCAUGUUAAAUUGAGUUUUAAUUGGUGUUCAGUUCUAACAAAAUAGUUUGGGCAGGACUCAAAUGACCAUUUUCAAUGACUCAAAUGACUAUAUGACAUCACAUUAAAGUGCCGAUUAUAGAAAUAGUGUUUUUAGAAGGAAAGUUAUCUUUGUAUUCUUCCUAAUAUUAAAAAAUUCACAGUUUUUAUAAAGUGAAAUAAAAUUUACAUAUUAACCACAAACUUAGACUGCUACUUUGUAAUACAGAUCUGAAUUUUGAGAUGUUAAAAUUAUGUAAAAAUAGACAAUAGGAAAUUAUAAUCUCUUUCAUUAGGCUCAUAUGCUCAUAUAUUUUAUUCAUUAACUGAAAAAUUGCUUAAUUUUUUUACUUUAAAUAAUAAUAAUAAAAAAAUUAAGUUAGUUAAGAACUUAUGAAGGAUUUAUUAUUUAUUU